AUGGAGAUUCAGUUUCUACUAUCCAUCAUCCUCUCUUCUUCCGUCCUCCUUUUCUUGCUCAAGAAAACCCUCACCAGAAACUACGGCAGGAAGACCGACGCUGGACUCCCUCCAUCCCCGCCUUCUCCUCCGGCGCUGCCGCUCAUCGGGAAUCUCCACCAGCUGGGCCGACGCCCGCACCGCUCCUUCCAGUCCCUGGCCCGGAAACACGGGCCCAUCAUGCUGCUCCAGUUGGGCCGGGUCCCGACACUGGUAAUCUCCUCCGCAGAGAUGGCCCGAGAAGUCACCAAGACCCACGACGUCGUCUUCGCGGGCCGGCCCAGGCCCAUCGCUGUUGACAUCUUCCUAAACGGCCACAACGACUUCGCCUUCUCCUCCUACGGCGACUACUGGCGCCGGGCCCGGAAGCUGUGCGUCAUCGAGCUCCUCAGCCAGAUCCGAGUCCAGAGCUUCCAGCCCGUGCGGCGGGAGGAGACGGCGGCCCUGGUGGAGAAGCUCCGCCUCGCAUCGGGCCAGGCGGUGGACGUCUCGGCGCUGAUCUUGGGCGUGGUCAACAACAUAGUCGCGAGGUGCGUCCUCGGGAGGCGGUGCGAGGGUCGUGGCGGCGGGAAAUUGGGGUUCGGGGAGGUGGCGAAGAAGGUGAGUUCGGAAUUUGCGGAGUUCAGCGUCGGGGAUUGGUUCCCCUGGCUGCGUUGGGUGGACAAGGCGACCGGAUUGAUCGGGAGAAUGAAAGGAACGUUCCGGGCGAUGGAUGAGUAUUUUGAUGAGGUAAUCAAGGAGCAUGAAGCCAAGGCUGCGACGACGGUGGGCGGAGACGGCGAGAAGAGGGAGGAUUUUGUUGAUAUACUUCUCCGGCUACAGAGGGAAGGCGGCCACGAUCUCGAUCUCAGCUGGGGUAACAUCAAAGCGAUCCUAGUGGAUAUGAUGAUUGGAGGGACAGACACAACAUCCACAACUAUAGAAUGGAUAAUGACACAUCUUGCAAGACACCCAUCUAAACUCCAAAAAGCACAAGAAGAGAUAAGAAGAGUUGUGGGUCAAAAGCUAGUGAUCGAGCAUGAAGAUCUGGCCGAAAUGCACUACCUAAAACUGGUUAUCAAAGAAACCCUACGAUUACACCCACCGAUUGUCCUCCUUCUCCCACGCGAAACCCUGGACAACGUAGAGGUUGCCGGUUUCGGAAUUGCGGUCAGGACUCGGGUCCUGGUGAACACAUGGGCGAUCCAACGUGAUCCAACAGUGUGGGAGAACCCAGACGAGUUUAUCCCAGAGCGGUUCGAGAAUAGUCCGGUGGAUUGGAAGGGGCGUGAUUUCCAGUACAUUCCGUUUGGGGCUGGGCGCAGAGGAUGCCCAGGGAUGUCAUUCGGGACGGUGACUUUGGAGUUUGUUACUGCGAAUUUGUUGUAUUGGUUGGAUUGGGAGCUCCCAGAGGGUUUGAGGUGUGAGAAUUUGGAUAUGGAAGAAGUAUAUGGGCUUACUACCCAUAAGGAGAAGCCUCUGUUUCUGAUUCCUAUCCCACAUAGUUUUUAA